AUGGUACACCGUCUCCCAGAGACGCUGGGUCGCGUCCGGCUUCAGGACGGAACUGGCGCAACACUCCUGGUUCCCCAGCCAUCCUCGGACCCCGGCGACCCCUUGAAUUGGUCCAGGGCCUUCAAGAUCUAUGUUGCCGUGCUCACAUGCACCGCGUUGACUUGGGUCAAUUUCUUCGCAGCUGGCCCAUCGACUGUCUUGAUCGAGAUUGUUAUUGACCUCUUUGGCGCGUACCCCCCCGACCCUACCAACCCCGCUACGCUGUCUCCAUCUUCCAUUGCAAAGUUUUCGUCCGCGGUCACCAAGGUUGCGCUACUGUUCUCCACGGCCUCGGCCGCUGCCGGUGUGGCCAACCUCUUGUGGGUGCCUCUUGCUCUUAAAUAUGGCCGUCGCGUGGUGUACACCUUUUCCUUUCUAGCCUUUGGGCUCUGCUGCAUUUGGUCGGCACAGGCGACAAGCUACGGCAGCCUGCUUGCUUCAAGAGUUAUUGGAGCCUGGUUUGCUGGCAGCACCGAGUGCGUUGCUCCACUUACGAUUGCCGAUAUCUUUUUCUUGCACGAGCGUGGAAAAAUGACUGCAAUGUACUCUGCUUCGCUCUCUACCGGUGCCGCCUUUGGGUCGUUCAUUGCGGGCCUCAUGUCCAUCUCACAGAGCUGGAGAACCUUCCACUACCUGUGUGCUACGUUGGUCCUAGUUACCACAGCCCUGAUCUUCUUCACCAUGCCCGAGACCGCAUUCCAGCGAGAGGUAUUCCACCUCGAAACAACAACAACAACAACGGAGCCAAAAUCCAAAGCACCGAGUGUACGCGAGGUGGAGGAUGUCCCGCCACAAUCCGCAUCCAACAUCCCCAAGAAAUCAUUUCUCCAGCGUCUUGCGUUCAACUCCAAGCCCCUGACCCGGGAGUCGGUUUGGAAGAUCGCUUUCCGCCCAGUGCCUCUCGUUUGUCUCCCCCCCGUCCUCUGGUCCACCGUCUCCUUUGGUAUCGGGAUUGGCAUCUUCGUUGUCAUGGGCACAACUGCAGCCAAUGCACUCUCGCAGGUCUACCACUUUACCGUCUGGCAAGUGGGAGUGGUCUGGAUCGCGAGCAUUAUCGGGAACCUGCUUGGGAUGCCCUUUGGGGGUUACUUCUCCGACUGGGUCGCAAAUCGUGCGACUUUGAAAAACAGGGGCAUCCGUGAGCCCGAGAUGCGGCUUCCCGCGGUGAGCGUGGCCAUGGUCUGCUAUCCGGGAUCCCUCCUCCUCUACGGCCUUGGUCUCCAUUACAGAACGCACUACAUGGUUCCGAUCCUCGGUCUCUUUCUAUUCUCUUUUGGCAGUAGUGCCGCGAUUGGCGUGAGCGUCACGUACACAAUUGACAGCUACCGAGCUAUUGCGGGCGAGGUUGUCGUCAGCCAGGUUGCCUUUAAGUCCUUCAUUACAUUCCUCAUGUCUUUCUACGCCAACUCCUGGGUCGAGCGCGAUGGGUACGCAGGGGCCUUUGCCACCAUGGCCAGCUUCAGCUUCUUCAUCCUUGCCUUGUGGAUUCCGCUCUACGUGUGGGGAAAGAGAGUUCGGCAUGCGACUCUUAAGUGGCGGAUUAUGAAGCUUGCGCACUGGGCUGCGGAUCGGGAGAUGGGGGAGUAG